CAGAAUUCAACGGCCGUCCUCCGUUGGAAAAAGUGGGGCACUUGGGGAUGUGGACGAAAAGCUCCCAAUCUUGAGUCUUGACUGUUGACUCGUCUCCUCCUCCCCCUAUCUCGCCUCCGUACGUGGGUCGACUGAGCAGCACACCCAAUGUCCCGACGGCCUCAAGAGAAACGGGCCUCCACCUUAUCCUCCUCCACAGCGCCAACAGAUGGCUUCUCCACGCCUACUGGAACGCCAUCUGAAAUAACCCGUAGAGCCUACUUUCCUGUUGUGGGAGUGCAUUCCGCAAGUGCAUCGACCGAAGGGGAAAGUUCUACGGAGGGUCAUCGUCAGAGGGCCACAUCGACCGGAACUGAGGCCCCUCUUCUACCUUCGGCGAUAUCAGAAGGCGGUGGGUCUGAGGCACCGGCACCCGCCUGGCAAUCGGACUAUUCGAUUGUUGCAAUGCCAACGGGUAGUACGUCUGAGUUGAACCUACUGGGGAACACAAACACAAAUCCCACCCUCUCCCCUGGUCACAAGUCGAAUUGGAGGGAAACAAAGGAAAAGCUUCAUCGAAACUUCAAAGUCAACAGCGCUGGAGCUCAGGUGGCGUUUACAAUAGUACUCGUGGCUUUGUUUACCCUUAUCAAUCCGUUGCAAGACGCCGCGCCGACGAAUACGCUAUAUCUACCGAUCGCAGCGAUAGUCGUCGCUUCCCCAAAUCAAACCAUAUCCGUACGACUAUAUACCCAGCGCCUCAUUGGCGUGUUUGUAGCAGGAUGUGCAGCAUUAGCUGUAUUAGGGUUGGACGCUGUCAUCCCACCGAAAAGCUGCAUAGAUUGUGCAUGGAAACCCUACGCCGUUGGCAUCAUAUUAUUUGCCUUCAUUUACGGCUCUGUCAGCAUUCGGGAAAGCGUUCCCGGGCAGGCCUACACCUCGAAGCUUACCGACCUAACGUUCAUCAUCACUCUGCUAGGAGCUUAUGAUGACCUGAAAAAGAAUCCCGAUAGCGCGAGAUACGCACCGCCACUGGGCCGAAUGGCUAGCAUGGUCUUUGGCUUGCUGCUGACUAUGUUUGGGGCAUCGGUGUUCUGGCCGGUUCGCGUCAAUCUUGUCCAUAGGAUCACCGCUGGGAAUCUUUUCAAGGACAUGGCGUCCUAUUUCAAGGAUCUAGUGGAGCAAGGUUACGUUCGGGAAUUGCCCGAGAUGUUGACGCUAUACACGAGGCCGCGCAUGUACUCCAAACGAACGGAUACGACCGAAAGCAUCGCGGUGGCAGGGGGUAUGGACGUGAUUGGGUCGGAAGAAGCCGCUGCGGCGCCACGACUGAAAGUCCGUGAAAAUGGCACUCCCCGAUUUACGAAAGGAAGUAGCAUGGCAUGGCUUCUGGGUAGGCCGGAACCUCAUGAUGUGGAGCACGGCAACCAAGAUGUGGAAGAGAUCAACACCGAUGCCCCAGAAGAAACCAAAUCGCCGUGGGAAAGGGCGCUCGAUGAUGUUCUGAAGGAUGAUGACCACGACCCGAACGACAUUGUGCUGCAGUUUCAUCAGAAGACCCACCCCAUAGCUGUGGGCAUUAUCAGGACGUUGGAGAAGGAGAGAGCGCGUUUGGAGGCUUCUUAUCAAGUUGAAGUCAGGUUGCAUCAAAAACCUCAUUUUGUUCCCGUAGCUCCCCUGACACAAGUAAUAAGACGUCUUAGGCUACUAUUCUAUCAGCUCAGCGGCUUAUACAGCGAUCGCCUCAUCACUCUCCGCGCACUCUCUCCACGAUUUCUGGAUUCCUCAUACAUCACCGAAAACACCGCUUUGUCCGAAUGGGUUGCAGUAUGGAUGCAAGACGCGACGUCUAUGAUCAAACUCAUGCACGCCCGCUCGCAGCAAGCCGAAGGUGGCACCGCUUUCAGCAUGCAAAAGUACUCGCUGUCACUGUGCAAUGCGUUGACGGAUAUAGGGGAGAUUGUGCUGCUUACCACAGUGCAAGGGGCUCGAGUGAUUGGAAGCGCGGAACUUGCCGCGCGGCUAGCGGUCACAGUUAACGAAUUGGUCGCGAGACGGCAUUUCCUGGAAGCGGAGCUGUUGGCGAUGCGGAAACAGUUGAUCGAUGGUCCCCCGCUUGUCUUUCCUCGUCUUCGCGACGAGACACACGAACAACCGGAGCUGGGCGCGGGACCAUCAGCGACCUCAGCCCGUCCCCAAUUCCAGUCACAGCCAAGCGAAGGUCAUGGGAGCCGAGUCUUUGGACACCAGCAACCGUCAAGCUCGAGGGCGUUCCCGCCAGCGCCGGAGCUUGGGAAUGUGGCGGCCGCGCAGGCGGAGAACCAAGCCAUUCUCGCCUUUCAAUACUCGACGUACAUCCAUGUGUGGGAAAUCACCGAAGUCGUUCUGUCAUCCGCGCGGGCCGUUGGGAAACUCAUCAAGGUGUACAGCUAGCUCGUGUGAACCGCCCAAGCCGCUGCGUUCUCAGCGUUGUGCAUACUAUACCAACAGGCUUCUUUGCUGUGAUCUGGUAAUUCUGUAUCUCAUAGUUUGUAAAUAUACCACCGCCAUUCUUUUUGGACCUUCGCACACUCGGCACGCGGAAUCUGAUAAAGUCCUUUGAUGAAGUCCUUGCCCCAGUGGGAGCUGUAUUCAAAAUAAAGAUAUCAAGCAUGUGUCCGCCGUCUACACAAGAAUGUCCCUGGCUACUCCAAAAAAAAACGUCUACCUCGACGA